UGGUACAGCCCUGUCCCUGAGUCCCCGGAUGUAGCUGCCCGAGAGCCCAGUGCUUCCGGGUUGCGUUGAGAGCAAGAUGGCGGCGCCCAUGGAGUUGUACUGCUGGAAAGGAGACUGGGGACUCCCCUCUGUGGAUCCGGACUGUCUGACUGUGCUGACCUACGCCAAGUUCUCAGGAGCUCCCCUCAAGGUGCAUAAGAUCACCAACCCCUGGAGAAGCCCCUCAGGUCGGCUCCCUGCCCUAAAGACAAGUGAUGAUGGAGUUCUCUUCCAGCCCAGCAGAAUCAUCACCCACCUCAGGAAGCAGAAAUACAAUGCUGAUUAUGAUCUGUCUGCCAGGCAAGGGGCGGAUACGUUGGCCUUCAUCUCCCUGCUGGAGGAAAAGCUCCUGCCUGCGCUGAUUCACAGCUUCUGGGUGGAGGGGAAGAAUUACGUGGAGCACACCAGGAAGUGGUACGCCGAGUCCAUCCCCUUCCCCCUCAACUUCUUCCUCCCCAACCAGAUGCACAAGCGCAACAUGGAGCGACUCAAGCUGAUCCGGGGGGAGAGUUGGAGGGAGGAGGAUGAGGAGAUGGAGGGGCGGGUGAGUAUGUUAAUAAAUAAUCCUUGUGCCGCCCAGAAUAGAGGAGGAGCAAGUGUAAUUCACAUCGGAAGCUCCUCCCACUUACUGUUACACACUGAGGGUACCCCCAUAUCCUACAUGUCACCCCAUUACCCUCCUGUCUGUGCCCCACAGCUCUACACUGAUGCCCACGAGUGUCUGUCCCUCCUCUCCCAGCGCCUCGCCAACAACAACUUCUUCUUUGGGGACAGCCCCGCCUCCCUGGACGCCUAUGUGUUCAGCCACUUGGCCCCUAUACUGAAUGCCAAACUGCCCAAUAAUAAACUGCAGCAGCACCUGAGCUCUCUGCCCAACCUGUGCCGCUACUGCACCUCCAUCAUCACCGUCUACUUCCCCUGGGAACAAGAGAGUGGCCCCCGUGUCGCCCCCAAACCUCCAAGCGCAGAGACACAGGACACAGAGGAUGACCCCCACAAACGGCGCAAUCAGGUGCUGUCAGUGCUGGCGGGGCUGCUGGCAAUGGUGGGAUACGCGGUGCUUAGCGGAAUCGUCUCCAUUCAGCGUGUGGCGCCAGACCACGCCCUCGAGCAGGGAAUUACAAUGGAAGAUAAUGAGGAAGAGGAGGAAUGAGGGGGAGGAGCUUUGUGCUGUGCAUUCCACGCCCCCUAUUGACACAACCAAUGGUCGGAGGCGAGACAUUCCCUACUCUCCACAAGAGGGCGCUGCAGAGCUCACACUUUCAUAGUGUAAAGCAUUAACCCUCUGUGGCUUCUCCUUCCCAGGAGGAUGCUGGGUAAUAACUGUGUACAUGGGGGGCGGAGCCUCAUUCUGGAGCUGUCUGUAAAAUACACACAUUUUAUUGUA